AAAGCGUCACUUCCUGCCGCCCCGCCUCCGGCCGCCAUAUUGACUGAGGGCAGAGAGCGGAUGAGGGUCGGCUGGCGGCUGUGGGGGGCGCUGAGGAGAACAAUGUCGGGGAGCUCCGCCCACAAUCCGCUGAUCGCCGUCUGUCAGGUGACUUCCACCGCCAACAAGGAGGAGAACCUCUCUGCCUGCUCCGCCCUCAUCCGGGAGGCCUCCGCCCGCAACGCCGCCAUGGUCUUCCUCCCCGAGGCCUUCGACUACAUCGGGGGGAGCACCGAGGAGACGCUGAGCCUGGCCGAGAGCCUGGAGGGGGCGCUCAUCCAACAAUACUCCGCCCUGGCCAGGGAGUGCCGCCUCUGGCUGUCUCUGGGUGGAUUCCAUGAGAAGGGUCCCAACUGGGAGAAAGACCGCAGGAUCUCCAACUCCCACCUCCUCCUGGAUGACACAGGACGCAUUCGGUCCGUCUACCGCAAGGCUCACCUGUUCGAUGUGGAGCUACAGAGCGGGGUGUCACUGAAGGAGAGCAGUUUCACCCUCCCGGGGAUGGAGCUGGCGCCCCCUGUCUGCACUCCGGUGGGAAAGGUCGGCCUCGCCGUCUGCUACGACCUUCGCUUUCCGGAGAUGUCGCUGGCGCUGUCCCGGGAAGGAGCGGAAAUCCUCACCUACCCCUCUGCCUUCACCGUCACCACAGGGCUGGCGCACUGGGAGGUGCUGCUGAGGGCCCGAGCCAUAGAGAACCAGUGUUACGUGGUGGCGGCGGCACAGACCGGCAGCCACAACCCGCGCAGGGCUUCUUACGGCCACGCCAUGGUGGUGGACCCAUGGGGCGCGGUUGUGGCGCAGUGCAGGGACGGACCCGGUGUGUGCUACGCAGAGAUCGACCUGCCUUACCUCCACCGCGUGCGGCGAGAGAUGCCGGUGCAGGGUCACCGCAGGGCCGACCUGUACGGCGCCGCCGGCAAGAAGAGUCCAGAACUGAGGGAGGCGGCGGGAUCGGAGAUCGGCUGAUUGUGCCUCGGAACACGGAACGAUAAUCCAUAAUCAAGCUGCUGAGAAGGACGGACUAAUCAAUCACCAGGAUGUAUAAAGAGCACCUGUAAUAAUAAACACAAGAGGAGGAUGGGUGGGGGGAGGGGGUUGGACUUAGAUGAUGACCUCAUGUCUUUGGGCAGGGCCCCCGAUGUUACCAGCUAGUCACCAAUGGGGUACUCCAGGGCCAAUGAGGGUGUCUCCUUACACCCUUUUUUGCAUUUUUGAACUGGUUGUCCAACCUGGGUGCCCAAAGACUGUUCUAACCUUGCCGGGUUUUUACCACCUUUUUUGGGGGGGGUCACCACAACAGGAAGUGAAGGGAAAUCUGCCCAAUGGGGACACCAACCUCAGUUAAAAGUUUUACAUUUUGUACCCAUAUUAUCACAGCAUUGUUUAAGAGGUUAGGUUGUCACUGUGAUGUCACAAGUUCCCACAACCCGACCUUUUCCUGACAUCAUCAGGCCUUAUAUGGGCACCAGGAAAAGUAUGGCAAUAAGACAAUCCUGCUCUACACAGUGGGUGGGGUUUGAGCAGAAGGGGCGGGGUUAAUUGGUAUGGGAGGCGGGGCUCAAUGUUUCCCUUCCAAAACACUUCCCUGCCCUAAUCUCCUAACUGCUAUUGUUUACACCAAGGGCGGGGCUUAAUUGGUAUGGGAGGCGUGGCCCUUCCAAAUGACUUCCCUGACCUAAUCUCCUAACUGGCAUUGUCUACACCAAGGGCGUGGCUUAAUUGGUAUGGGAGGCGUGGCCCUUCCAAAUCACUUCCCUGACCUAAUCUCCUAACUGCUAUUGUUUACACCAAGGGCGGGGCUUAAUUGGUAUGGGAGGCGUGGCCCUUCCAAAUCACUUCCCUGACCUAAUCUCCUAACUGGCAUUGUAUACACCAAGGGCGGGGCUUAAUUAGUAUGGGAGGCGUGGCCCUUUCAAAUCACUUCCCUGACCUAAUCUCCUAACUGCCAUUGUAUACACCAAGGGCGGGGCUUAAUUGGUAUGGGAGGCGUGGCCCUUCCAAAUCACUUCCCUGACCUAAUCUCCUAACUGCCAUUGUAUACACUAAGGGCAGGGCUUAAUUGGUAUGGGAGGCGUGGCCCUUCAAAAUCACUUCCCUGACCUAAUCUCCUAACUGCCAUUGUAUACACCAAGGGCGGGGCUUAAUUAGUAUGGGAGGCGUGGCCCUUCCAAAUCACUUCCCUGACCUAAUCUCCUAACUGCCAUUGUAUACACCAAGGGCGGGGCUUAAUUGGUAUGGGAGGCGUGGCCCUUCCAAAUCACUUCCCUGACCUAAUCUCCUAACUGCCAUUGUAUACACCAAGGGCGUGGCUUAAUUGGUAUGGGAGGCGUGGCCCUUCCAAAUCACUUCCCUGACCUAAUCUCCUAACUGCCAUUGUAUACACUAAGGGCAGGGCUUAAUUGGUAUGGGAGGCGUGGCCCUUCCAAAUCACUUCCCUGACCUAAUCUCCUAACUGCCAUUGUAUACACUAAGGGCAGGGCUUAAUUGGUAUGGGAGGCGUGGCCCUUCCAAAUCACUUCCCUGACCUAAUCUCCUAACUGCCAUUGUAUACACCAAGGGCGGGGCUUAAUUAGUAUGGGAGGCGUGGCCCUUCCAAAUCACUUCCCUGACCUAAUCUCCUAACUGCCAUUGUAUACACCAAGGGCGGGGCUUAAUUGGUAUGGGAGGCGUGGCCCUUCCAAAUCACUUCCCUGACCUAAUCUCCUAACUGCCAUUGUAUACACCAAGGGCGUGGCUUAAUUGGUAUGGGAGGCGUGGCCCUUCCAAAUCACUUCCCUGACCUAAUCUCCUAACUGCCAUUGUAUACACUAAGGGCAGGGCUUAAUUGGUAUGGGAGGCGUGGCCCUUCCAAAUCACUUCCCUGACCUAAUCUCCUAACUGCCAUUGUAUACACCAGAAGCGGGGCCCUUUCAAAACAAUUCCCUGACCUAGUCUAACUGGCAUUAUAUACACCAAGGGCGGGGCUUAAUUGGUAUAGGAGGCGUGGCACUUCCUUGACCUAAUCUCCUAGCUGGCAGGGGCGGGGCUUAAUAUCACCCGUCCACAAGAUUGCAAAUAAUUUCACGUGGUGCCAUUUUCUGUGAAAUCAAAAUAAAUUAUUAUAAUUCAA